AUGUCUGCAGAGGGACAAAGUAAAGUGCAGUCCGAGUUAUUGCCGGCUGAGCAAACCAAUCCCGCAGCUCCUUCCCCUUCAUCUUCUCCUGCCCAGACCAGUGCUCCGGGGGGAGAAGAGGGCGAGGGGUCUGGGGAGGUGAGCAAGAGUGCAGCCAAAAAAGAAGCAAAAAGAUUAGAAAAACUGGCCAGGCUUGCCGCCAAACAGGCUGCCGCACCUAUAAUCAACGCCACGAAGAAGGACAGGAAAGAGAAGGAGAAGAAAGAGGUAGCCCCUACCGAGGCAUGGGUCAACACCACACCACCUGGAGAAAAGAAAGGCGAGUACAGUGAUACGUUGCUCAAGGUGAUCAAAGCUGACAUGACAGAUGUUUCAGGCGACCUUCCUCCCGGCGGGUAUGAUCCUAUACAGGUCGAAGCAGGUCAUUAUGAAUGGUGGCGUGCCAAAGGUUUCUUCAAACCACGAUUCAAACCAAAUGGGGAACCUCUGGACAAAGGCACAUUCUCUAUCACUUUUCCUCCUCCCAACGUCACCGGUAACCUUCACAUCGGCCACGCUCUCACCGUGUCCUUGGAAGACGCUUUGAUAAGAUGGAAACGCAUGCAGGGAUAUACCACCUUGUUCCUCCCCGGAUAUGAUCACGCCGGCAUCGCAACUCAGGCGGUGGUUGAGUCUAGAUUGAUAAAGACGGAAGGUCAUUCACGGCAUCACUAUGGAAGGGAGAAAUUCCUGGAGAAAGUUUGGGAAUGGAAAGAUCAAUACCAAGAAAAGAUAACAAACCAAAUGUCGAGACUGGGAGGGUCCUUCGACUGGGACCGUGUGGCAUUUACCAUGAAUGAGAAUUUGAGCAAAGCCGUGCUUGAAACUUUCUGCCGGAUGUAUGAACGUGGCUCCUUAUAUCGUGCAAAUCGUCUCGUCAAUUGGUGCUGCUACCUGAAUACCAGUUUGUCAAAUCUGGAGGUCGACCAAAAACACUUGACAGGUCGGACACUCAUGAAUGUCAAAGGGUACGACGUCAAGGAAAAGUUUGAAUUCGGUGUCAUUACCUCUUUCGCCUACCCCAUCGAAGGUUCAGAUGAGAAAAUCAUUGUGGCGACCACCCGUCCCGAGACAAUGCUUGGUGACACUGCCAUAGCCGUUCAUCCCGACGAUCCCAGGUACAAACACCUCCAUGGCAAAUUCGCUGUUCACCCUUUUAUUCCCCGGCGUAUUCCCAUCAUCACCGAUGCCAUCACUGUUGACAUGGAAUUCGGGACUGGUGCGGUAAAGAUCACCCCAGCGCACGAUCCGAACGAUUUCGAGUGCGCUCAGAGGAAUGGCUUGGAGUUCAUUAGCUUGAUGAACGAUGAUGGGACGUACAACGAGAACGCAGGACCUUAUAAGGGAAUGAGACGAAUGCAUGUCAGAAAUGCAAUUUUGCAAGCGUUGAAGGAGAAGGGGUUGUACGUCGAACAGAAGGACAACGAUAUGCAGAUCCCUAUAUGCUCUCGCUCCGGUGACGUCGUAGAGACAAUCCUGAAGCCCCAGUGGUGGGUAAACUGCAAACCUUUAGCCGAAGAGGCCCUUAGACGUACCGAGGCUGGCGAAUUAGACAUCAAACCGAAAUCCUCGGCAAAUGAGUGGGUGCGAUGGAUGGAAAACAUGCAGGAUUGGUGCAUCUCCCGGCAACUGUGGUGGGGUCAUCGAUGUCCUGCCUAUCUGCAGGCGUUUGAGGGAGAGGUGCCAGAUACCGCCGAUAACAAGAACUGGAUCGUUGCUCGAAGUCAGGAAGAGGCAGAGGUCGAAGCCGAACGAAGAGCCAACGGGCGAAGAUAUACGUUAUCGCAAGAUCCAGAUGUGCUCGACACAUGGUUUUCCUCAGGUCUAUGGCCAUUCUCUACCAUGGGCUGGCCAGAAAAGACUCGAGACAUGGAGCUCUUUUACCCCAACUCUAUCCUCGAAACAGGUUGGGAUAUCCUCUUCUUCUGGGUCGCUCGCAUGGUUUUCUUCGGUAAUCAACUCACUGGUCGAAUGCCUUAUCCCGAGGUCUUUUGUCAUCCUAUGGUCAGAGAUGCCUAUGGUCGGAAGAUGUCCAAAUCUCUUGGGAAUGUCAUUGAUCCGUUGGAUAUUAUCACGGGCCAAACGCUGCAGAAAUUACAUAACGACUUACGGAUGGGAAACUUGCCUGAUAGAGAGAUCGUCAAGGCUGAAGAGGGUCAAAAAAAGUUGUAUCCCAAUGGGAUCCCACAAUGUGGGACGGAUGCUUUAAGAUUUACUCUAUGUAACUAUGUGACCGGUGGAAGGGACAUCAACAUGGAUAUCAGCCGUGUCGAAGGUUAUCGCAAAUUCUGUAACAAAUUAUGGAACGCUACGAAAUUCAGUUUGUUCCGAUUUGGCCUCGUCGACAUUGAGGGUAAAAGACAACCAGGGGCGAGCUUCGUUCCGCGCGCUUCUCCUCUGCCGAAUGGGGAGGAGAGUUUGGUGGAAAAGUGGCUGUAUCACAAAUACAAUAUUGCUUGUGCUGCCGUCAAUGACGCUCUCGACGCUCGCGAGUUCUAUGAUGCCACUACUGCCGCAUAUGCGUAUUUCUUCUAUGACAUAUGUGAUGUGUACAUUGAAGCGACAAAGCCACUCUUCGAGUCCAACGCCGAUUCCAAAGCCAGAACAUCUGCCCAAAACACAUUGUAUACAUGUCUGGAGGGAGGGUUGAAGUUAUUGCACCCAUUCAUGCCCUAUGUGACGGAAGAUCUAUGGCAACGACUGCCUAGACGAUUGGACGAUACAUGUGAGAGUAUCAUGCUGGCUUCGUUUCCUGAAAAGAAUGCCCGUCAGGACUUUCCCGAAGCAGCUGCGGACUUUGAUCUGGUGGUCGAGUGCAUCAAAGCUGCUCGAUCGGUCUCGGGACUGUAUAAUUUACCUACCAACGGUAAGACGCUCGAGGAUAAGAUCACCAUCAUUCUUCAAACCAAGAAAGCCGACCAAAGACAAAUGUUCGAAACUCAACGCGAUAUCAUCAUAGCUCUCACCAAAGGUUGUGGGACUUGUUUGGUUGUUGAGCAAGAUGAUGAAGUCCCGAAAGGUUGUGGGUCGGAACUCGUCACCACGGACGUUACGGUUCAUGUUGUGGUCCAGGGAAAAGUCGACGCUAAUGCCGAAUUGAACAAACUUGAUAAACGUCAAGCGAUGGUUGUGGGGAACAAGGAGAAGUUACUCAAGAUGAUCCAACAACCGAGUUACGAAAAGACUGUCAAGGAAGAGGCCAAGGCGAGUAAUCAAGACAAGUUGGAAAAACUCGACGCUGAAUUGGAAUCUAUCCGUCUUGCUAUCGAACGGUUCAAUUCUUUCUUGUGAUCAAACAACAUAUAUCAUUGUUCAUGCAUCUUUCAAACUUAC